AUGGUUGACUUUGGCGAGAUCUGCAAAACUUUGGUGCAGAGGGCCGGCGAGCAGCUGCCUCUGACGGUCGACGAGGUCACCUUGGAAUGGCUGUCCAAAGUCCUCGGGGUCCCCAUUAUCUCAUUUGAAGUCAAAGAAAUCAUCCACGGCUCCGGCAGCAAGAUUCUGAUCAAAUUGUCAUACCCUAAUGCCUCUAGGCACUCCUUCCCUACUAACCUCUGCGUCAAGGGAGGUUUCAACCCCGAGAUUCUCCAGUCACUCCCUAUGCUCUUCAAUGUCUACCGCCUCGAAGCCCUAUUCUACCACCAGAUCGGGCCCCGCAUCCCCGGCCUGCGCCUUAUCCCCUCGUACUGGCAAGGUAUCGACAGGCCCAGCGGCAAGGGCCAAGGCAUCUUCAUCCUCCAGGACGUUGCAGCAGCGGGCUUCACCUUUGGCAACCCGCUGCAGCCUUGGUCCGCUGACCAGGUGCGCGAGGCUCUGGCCCAGCUCGCAGCCUUGCACGCGGCGACCUGGGGCGAGAAGAAGACAAGAGGCGCGGGCAUUCCCUGGGAUCGCUCCUGGUCAGGUAUGCGGGGGGUGAUCGAGGGCAUGAUGAGCCCCUCGCACUGGAAGCUGCGGUUCUCUGACUCCGCCGUGCGGCCUCCUGUCAGCGAAGUGUUCUGGGACAAUAGGGAAAGGAUCGUCAGGUGCUUCCACGCGCUGUGGGAUGACGCUGAGGGUUGGAAGAUGGAGUGCCUGGUGCACGGCGACACGCAGGUCGGCAACACCUUCAUCGACGCCAAGGGUCAGCCUGGCUUCCUGGACUGGCAGUGUGUCCAUGUCAACUCGGCUGCACAUGACGUGGCUUAUUUCAUUACGGGAGCACUGGCAGUCGAGGACCGGAGGAGGCAUGAGAGGGAGCUGUUUGGUUAUUACCUGGAGGAGUUGUUCCGUGUUGGAGGGCCCGGGUUGGAGGUGGACCAGGUUUGGGAUGAAUACCGGGCACAUCAGAUGCAUGGGUUUGCAUGGGCUCUGGCUGGACCGAUGAUGCAGUCCAAGGAAGUUGUGGAUGUCAUGUCUCAGCGCCACUGUGCUGCCAUUUUGGAUCAUCAGAGCAUGGAUCUAUUGGUGCCUCUUGAGAACUAA